UGUAUUGGUGCGCAUGCGCGAACGCAGCCACCGGUCAAACAUGAAGUUCUGUCUUUCAUCGCUUUUUGCCACUUUUUCCAUGCUUAUCUUCCUCAUUAUCGUCCACCUGUCGCUCGCCCGUACUGACGCAGUCCGGCGGAACCGGCGAGGGGCGGGGCUUGAGGGUGAAAGUUCACCCGUGUUGCGAGAAGCCCAGUGUGCGGAUGGCGUGUACCUACAUGACAAAACCACCUGUUGCUUGUGUGCUGCUGGUCAGAGUCUGAAGGAGCACUGCACAUCCGCCAGUCCCCUUGACAGAAAGUGCGAGGUGUGUGAGCCAAACACGUUCAGGAGCAGCCCAAACCAGCAGGAGACCUGUGCGCGCUGCACGUCCUGCUCACAUCCCGACGCCUACCUGGAGGUGGACACCGCCUGCACCCGAGCCAGCGACACCAAGUGCCGGUGUAAAGCGCGUCACUAUUGCACCAGUCUCAGCGAUCAAGGCUGUAAACUCUGCCACCCUUGCAGAGAGUGCGGUGCGAAAAGCGUCAAAGUGGCCUGCGCGGCCGCCCACGACACCGUUUGUAAUGACAUAUCGGAAGCGAGACGUCAUCUUGGUGCAACACUUGCAGCUACCGUGUUCAUUGUUGUGGUUUUAUGCUGUGUCGUUGCCAGGAAACGAUUGUGUAAGAAAAGGACCCCCACUGAUCCAAACGCCAAUAAGACUGAGGGAAACGAUCCAGACGGCGAUACGACUGAGGAAAGUGUGUUGCUGCAUCAGCGUGACAAGGAUCCCUUGGCUCACCUGCCUGAGAUCGCAGGGGUGGUGGGAUGGAAGACCAUGCGCCGCGUGGCGAUGAAAAGCGGGAUGAGUCACGUCGCCAUCGAGGAUUGUGAACUGAAUUGCCCGACCGAUUCUGAGGAGCGGACGCAGCAGCUGCUGAGGAAGUGGGUGGAGAGGCAGGGAAAGGACGCCAUGAAAAACUUGGUAGAGACCCUGGAGAAGAUCAAUCACAAGGACACAAGGCAGAAAGUGUUUCCUUCCAGCAUCACCAGCAGGUGGCAGCACUACACACAAGAGACCAGCAGGUGGCAGCACUACACACAAGAGACCAGCAGGUGGCAGCACUACACACAAGAGACCAGCAGUCACUUUGGCACCAUGGAGCCCAGCAGUCCAAAGAAGAUCCAGUUUGCGGUGCCGCCGCUGCAAGGCCAGUUGGAUCCUCAAGCCUCGGAGCAAAUCCGUCGGAGAAGACCGACUCCUGCCACCCUGCAAAUCUACAGACAACCUGAAGCUGGAGAUCAGUACGAUGCCAGUGGAGGUGCUCAGACUUCAGAUGGCGCUCAGAGGAAGCACAGCACCUCGGCCCCGCCCACCACAAAAGCCCUUCAGUCGGGGGUGGAGCCAAACCCUUGUCAGCUUCGGCCAAUGACAGGCCAGCUCCUAUGGACCAAUCAGAAUGAGCCACAGGAGGACAACGGCAACGAGGCGGGGCUUCUUCUGUCCAAUCAGGAGAGAGCAGUGGAAGCCAGCAGCAGCUCAGGUGCUUCAAAAAUGUUGACCAAAAAGACUCAAGUUUUGGACACAAUAUUAGAAAUAUAGAACAUUUACACAUUAUAAAUAUAGAAAACAGUGUUUUGGGCUAGAAAAGAUAGAUUUAAAAAAUUAUAAUUGAAAAAAAAAAAGUAUUAUUAUUGUUUGUAUUUAUUUUUUUACUCGGGACUACCCGCGGGCUGGAUUUUGGACGCUGGCGGGCCGUAUCUGGCCCGCAGGCCGUAGUCUAGGGACCACUGGGAUGGAUUAAAAAAAUUAUUUUAAAAAAUGGUUUUUAUUUAUUUAUUUAUUUUCACUUGGGACUACCUGCAGGCUGGAUUUUGGACACUGGCGGGCCAAAUCUGCCAUAGUUUGGGGACCCC